CUCUCUCUCUCUAAUUUCUUCUUCUUCUUCUUCUCCUUUCAGAAACUCUGCGACCAUCUUCUUCACCGGUUAUGGUGACUUCCGAGGGAUUAGCAAGCGUUGAUCCUUGGUUAUAUCGCCAAGGUUUCAACGUUGAUUCAUGGUUGCUUUCUGAUGCCUUCUCUCACGACAACGAUCUGCUCGCCAGAGCUCUCCAUACCACCGUCACAGCAACACCUCAUACUCUCACUCCUUCCUCUGCUUUCUUCGAUUCAGCCGCAGUUUCUCACCCUUCCUCCACUACUAACACACUCUCCUCUAACGUCUCCGGUGGAUCUGAUCCAGAAAUCAUCGGCGGAGGAGCUAAACGAAAACGUAACUGCCUUCUUACCGACGGUAAAACCGCCAAGCGCCGUGCUCGUGCUUCCAAGAAAUCUCAGACUACUUUCAUAACGGCGGAUCCGUCCAACUUUCGCCAGAUGGUUCAGCAAGUGACCGGCUCUAGGUACAUCGAUGAUUCUCCCUUCGGGAUGUUCGACCCGAUUGUCAAGCCAGAGCCGCUUAGGCUCGUUAACAAACUGCCUUGUGGUCUGUCGGAUCGAUCCACGGCAGUUCCAAUGCUCGAUACAUCAGCAUUUUUGUCUAAUCAUCACCAGGAGAAUCUCGCAGUGGGGAACGCCUACUCCGCUGCUACGGGAGUAGGAUUAACUUCGGGGAAGCCAAAUGCAACAGCGGACGCAGGUGUUUCUGCCGAUGAUUUUGAAAAUUACCCAACAUUUCCAACGCUUGAAUCGUGGAAAGUUAUGUGAUCUUGUUUUAGUUUUAGACGUAAUCUUUAACUUUUUAGGCUUGUUUUCUUUGCAUCUCCUCAUGAAUAAUCUUGUUCAUAGUUUUUGUUUAUCGAUGUAAUGGAUCAAAUCUAUGCUCUAUUUUGACUUUAAAAUUAUUUAGCGGAUAA